AUGGCCCUCUUCACAGUGGGAGAUUAUCUUGCCGAAAGGCUCGCCCAAAUUGGGAUUCGCCAUCAUUUCAUCGUCCCGGGCGACUACAACCUCAUUCUCCUCGACAAGCUUGAGGCGCAUCCAGCACUAACUGAGGUUGGUUGUACAAACGAACUCAAUUGUUCUCUGGCGGCCGAAGGUUAUGCACGCGCUUGCGGCGUAGGAGUCUGUGUUGUCACUUACAGCGUAGGCGCCUUCUCAGCCUUCAACGGCAUCGGCAGCGCGUAUGCAGAGAACCUUCCCGUUAUCCUAGUCAGUGGAGCACCCAAUACGAAUGAUGUAGAUCAGCAUCUACUGCACCAUACGCUCGGGGAGCAUGACUUUAUCUACCAGCUUGAGAUGGCCAGGAGGAUCACUUGCUGUGCCGUGGCCAUCCGACGAGCGGCUCAUGCCCCGGAGUUGAUCGACCGCGCUAUUCGAAUGGCACUUCUAAAGCGGAAGCCGGUUUACAUCGAAGUGCCAACGAACUUGUCCGGCGAGGCAUGUGCACAACCCGGACCUAUCAGUGCUGUAGCCAAGCCGAUGCCGAGUGAUGCGCCAGCCCUUGACGCCGCUGUUACCGGCGCCUCUGAAUUCCUCCGAGCCAAGCAGAAGCCUGUGAUUCUUGUCGGGCCGAAAGUGCGAAGAGUGGGCGCGGAGAAGGCUCUUCUCCAGCUGGUAGAAGCAAUUGGAUGCGCCGUCGUCCUUCAACCAGCGGCAAAGGGCUCCUUUCCUGAGGACCAUGCCCAGUUCGCGGGAAUCUUCUGGGGCCAGGUCAGCACCCUCGCAGCUGACACCAUAGUGAAUUGGGCUGAUGUCCUCGUCUGCAUCGGCACUGUAUUUACAGACUACAGCACGGUCGGUUGGACGGCUUUGCCAAGUGUUCCACAACUCGUUGCGGAUAUAGACAGCGUCGCCCUGGCUAAUCCAAAUAUGUAUUUUAGCCAUGUCCAGUUGCAGGACUUCCUGAUCAGACUAGCCGAAGCAGUCAGUUGGAACAGUUGCACGAUGACGGAGUAUAAUCGACUUCGUCCCGAUCCUUCUCUCGGACAGGCUUCUCGCGGGCAGGAGAGGUUAACUCGAAAGGAGGUUGCUCGACAGAUGCAGCUGCUCUUGACUCCUGAGACGACAGUGUUCACCGAAACGGGCGAUUCGUGGUUUAAUGGAAUUCAACUAUGUCUUCCACCAGGAGCAGAAUUUGAGAUUGAGAUGCAAUGGGGCCAUAUUGGAUGGACGAUACCUGCUUCCUUUGGCUACGCUCUGGCAAAACCGGAGAGAAGGGCCAUCCUCAUGACUGGAGAUGGCGCGUUCCAGAUGACUGCCCAGGAAGUUUCGCAAAUGGUGAGAUGCCGCAUUCCCAUCAUCAUUCUUUUAAUCAACAACAGGGGCUAUACAAUUGAGGUAGAGAUUCACGAUGGACUGUAUAAUCGUAUUCAGAAUUGGAAUUAUGCGCUUCUAGUCGAAGCAUUAAAUUCUGAAGAGGGAGGGGGACGUGCUCUUGGUAUUAAAGCUCACACUGCGGAGCAAAUUUCCGAAGCACUCAAGACAGCAGUAGCGCACAAAGAUGGGCCAACACUUAUUGAGUGUAAUAUCCAUCCAGACGAUUGUAGCAGAGAGCUGAUUACUUGGGGGCAUUUUGUUGCGGCCGCCAACUCUCGUGUCCCUACGAAAGAUAAGUAA